AUGCUUCUUAAUACUUCCACUUCCACUUUCUUCGCGCUAUCGUCACUUUUUCUACUAUCAUCAGCGCUUCCAGUCGCUCAGAAUGAUGUUAUUUCGGUUAAACAUAUAAAGAGAGCUACGUACUCUGUUGUGAAUGUCCAAGGAUCUUCUUCGACUUCCACAAGUGGUGGAAAUGGGGAGCCCACGACUACUGUGGUAAAAACCGUUACCAAGACCGACCAGCCGACAACGAAAACAGUGGUCGAGACCGAUGCGACUACAACUACAAAUUACAUAGUCUCAACUCAGACUGUGAGGGGUUCUGAUACCACUGAAACUAUUCUUAUCACCAUUACACCAUCCCCGACGACUGUCACUAGCUUUAGCUAUUCAAUUGUGGAUAUCACUGUUCCAGUGACGAUUUCCGAACCUUCAUCAAAACAGACCACUACCCGGGCAAGUUCCUCGUCAGAACCAUCAUCGGUUUUCCAAUCUUCAACAAUAGCCAUAUCUGCCUCAUCCAAAUCUUCCACCAAACCGACGUCAACCUCCACCCCGACCACACGCCAAACUGUGUCAUCUUUUAGUGCUUCCAAGUCAUCCAGUGCAGUCGCAUCUUCCUCAACCAGUUUUUUUUCGUCAUCAUCACCGUCUCAAAGCCGUACCAGCGUUGCCAGCUUGACUACAUCUCAAGUAUCGAACCCAAUCUCUAGUAUUGGAGCAUCGACAAGCACUUGUACCGACAAAAUAUCGACCAUCCCAUCUCCCACGAAUACUUUAUCAUCAUCGUGGCUUACUACUUAUACGGCGAUAUCCUCGAAUUGGUAUACUAUCACAAUUUUACCUACAGCCACUACUUCUUCCUAUGAUAAUGGACAAUGGCAUACUAGUUAUCCUUCUUGGAAUUCUACGACUGAUAUCCCAAGAAGCUAA